UCCUCCUCUCCAGCCACGACCAGUUCGCUCCAUAGCUCCUGCGCAGCUAGCUUCCCGGUCUCUCUUCCCCAGCCAUUUCUUGCUCUGACCAUUCGGUUCGAUCCAAUUCUCAACGGUACUGCGAUUACGGCGGCGACGGAAGCGGCCAUGGACGAGCAGUGGAUGAUCGGGCAGCCUUCCCCUACCCUGAGCCUCGGCCUCAACCUCGGCCGGCCGACGGCGCGGCGCGCGGUGACCACCAAGGUCCUCGUGGAGGAGGACUUCAUGUCCGUCAAGAAAAGCCACGAGGUUGAGGCGCUGGAGGCCGAGCUCCGGCGCGUGGGCGAGGAGAACAGGCGGCUGGGCGAGAUGCUCCGCGCGCUCGUGGCCAAGUACGGCGAGCUGCAGGGCAAAGUCACCGGAAUGAUGGCGGCCGCGGCGGCCACCCAGCAGCACCAGUCGUCCACGACUUCGGAGGGGGGCUCGGCGGCCUCACCAUCCAGGAAGCGUGUCCGCAGCGACAGCCUCGAAACCGCCGGCGGGAACCGCAACCCUUCUCCGCCCCUCGCCGCGGCCGGCAGCGGCCAGUUCGCGGUCACCGUGGCCGUCGGGCCAGACCAGACGGAGUGCACGUCCGUCCAUGAGCCCAGCAAGCGCGUGCGCGCCGACGAGUGCAAGCCCAGCAGGGUCUCUAAGAGCUACGUCCACGCCGACCCCGCCGACCUCAGCCUCGUGGUGAAGGACGGGUACCAAUGGCGGAAGUACGGGCAGAAGGUGACCAAGGACAACCCGUGCCCGAGGGCCUACUUCCGGUGCUCCUUCGCGCCGGGGUGCCCGGUGAAGAAGAAGGUGCAGCGCAGCGCCGAUGACGUCACCGUGCUGGUGGCCACGUACGAGGGCGACCACAAUCACGGCCAGCCCGCUGCCAAGCACGAGGCCGGCAAGAAGAGCGACGCCUCCGCCGGCGCCGCUGUCCGGAUAUCGCCACCGGCGCCGGUCGUGCAGCAGUUGCAGCACCACCACCAGCAGCAGCAACAGCUGAAACAAGAGGCGGCAGCGGAGGCGGAGAGGAAGAACCUGGCGGAGCAAAUGGCGGCGACGCUGACGAGAGACCCCGGGUUCAAGGCUGCCCUGGUCUCUGCGCUCUCCGGCCGGAUCCUUGAGCUCACGCCGUCCAACAGUUGAUUGCUACAAGCGGCUUCGCCUUCGAUUAGCAUUGACAGCUGAAAUUAAAGCAUAGACCACGUACACGAUCGAUCACUGUGUUUAGCUUUGAGCUAGCUGCUUCGAUUAGCCACCGCAACGACGAGGAGAUCAAUUGUAUAUACUUUGCUCGUAUUAGCGCUAAAUGCAUUCCUAUCUUCCCCGCCGGCCGGCCGGCCGGCGCUUGGAUUUGUGCAACAUUUUGUAUAAGUUGGUGUACGGAAGCAGCUCCAUUAGAAUUAAGAUUCAAAUUCUUGA